AUGCUGCUUGUUACAUUUUUGAUAUCCGCGUUCGCUGCGACGGGCUUGGCCCAAGCACCCACUGGAUACCGCACUGUAUACAUUACCUCGAUGGUCGACACCAAGUUUGUCGUGGUUCCUAAGUCGGCCACCAGUGGUAGCGCCAUCGUCGUUCAAACCCUCACGAGUAAGCCGGAGCAGCAGUGGUACCUCAAGGAGGGCAAUACUACGAUCCAGCUAGCGGAUUCCAAACUUUGCCUAGAUGCUGGUGCUAAGAGCAACUGGAAAGACAUGGGCGCCAUCACCCUGAAAGACUGUUCCGACACUGAGACUGCUCAAAAGUGGAACGUAAUGGCUGAUGGGCGAAUUGCCCUCAUAGCUUCAAGUCCGCAGGAGUGCAUUGACCUUCAGUACAUGCGAGCCACAGCCAACAAUCCAGUCGGUCUAUAUAGCUGUGCAGGUCUAGGAAACACGGGCGCCAAGGACAAGGGAAUCAACUGGCCGCUAGCGAAUGCAACGACGACCCCAUAG